UGAGCAGCAAUCCGCGGCUCUACACGGCCGCGACGAAACCGCUCCCGUGAGAUCGAUCCCAGCUAUGCGAUUUCCCGCGGGUCUCGGAGAGGCCUGCUGCGCUUAGGAAACUCUCUCUCGCUUCCGGAUCCAUAGCAGCGGGUAGGUCACGGCGCGUUUAUCAAUGCGCGUGCGAUAAAAGUCCCCGGCUGGACUCGCGGGAAAGGAGCGGAGCGACACGCAGAGGCGGCGGGGAAGCUGUUCAUCGAACGGAACAGCCGCGCGCGCGGCUGAUACGGAGACAGAGCGAGACUGUGAGUGAGUGAGUGUUGUACGCUCGGCGAAACGGUAUCUCUCUCUCUCGUCUCGGGGAAGGAAGAAGGCGGCGGCUGGCGAUCCCUUUGUAGUUGCCAGUACUUGCACGAGGCUCGAAGAUGGCAGACACGAGCCAACAACAAGCAUUGAGUGAGCCACAUACGAAUGGAGCGGUGGACGGUUUAACGGAAGAGGAAAAAAGCAAGAUGAGACCCGCCGAUAUCGAUGCGGAUAUGAGAGAAAUGGAAAGGAGAAAGAGGGUCGAGAUGAUGAUGAACUCGCGAAUCUUCCGAGAAGAACUGGAACGUAUAAUCGAGACACAGAUGAAGGACGGUGCUGGACCCUCCGGUCUCUUGCAACAGAUCUCCGACAUGAUGGGCGCACAGGGGGCUCGAUUCAACGGCAAUGUGUUCAAAAAUUCCAAUUGCGUCUUACCCAUCAACGACAUUCGCGGGGUGGAGAGCAUGGGCUACGCCAAAGGCGAGAAAUUGCUGCGAUGCAAAUUGGCGGCGGUCUUCAGAUUACUCGACCUGUACGGAUGGACCCAAGGCGUCGGCGGGCAAAUCACCGCCCGUCUCAAUCAGGAUCAGGAGCACUUUCUGGUGAAUCCGUACGGGCUGCUCUAUCACGAGGUCACCGCCUCGAGUUUGAUCAAGGUGGACAUGCAAGGUGCGGUUGUCGAACAAGGAACGACCAACUUCGGCGUACACGUCACGGGUUUCCAAUUGCACUCGACGAUACACGCUGCCAGGCCUGAUAUCAAGUGCAUUAUUCAUAUUACUACUCCGUCCGUUACCGCUAUCUCCUCGUUGAAAUGCGGAUUGCUACCGAUCGGUCAGGAGAGUAUAGUGAUAGGAGAGGUGAGCAGCCAUCAGUACAUCGGAGGCUCGGUCGAGCCAGAGGAACGCGAGAAGAUCGCUCGAAACCUCGGCCCGAUCAAUAAGGUUAUGCUCCUGACGAAUCGCGGCGCUCUUUGCUGCGGAGAAACCGUGGAGGAGGCGUUCUUUAACGUUUACAAUACCGUAGUCGCAUGCGAGACGCAACUGAAGCUAAUGCCCGCGGGCGUAGAUAAUCUGAACCUUAUCAGCGAGGAAUCGAAGAAGGCUAUAUUCGAAGCCUCGAGGAAACCACCGAGUCCUCAGCAACAAAGCACAGCGGUGGAGUCAUCCGCCCUUGCUGAGAAAUUGGAGAAACGUUGGAGAAUCGGCGGCGCCGAGUUCGAGGCUCUCAUGAGAAUGCUCGACAAUGCUGGAUUCCGUACAGGCUAUAUAUACAGAAAUCCGCUUGUAAAGGGAGAACCGCCGAGACCGAGAAACGACGUUGAAGUUCCCCCGGCCGUAUCGUCCCUGGGAUAUCUGCUUGAAGAGGAAGAGUUGUACAAGCAAGGGCUGUGGAAGGGCGGACGUAAAGGCACUGACAGAUCCCGUUGGUUAAAUUCGCCAAAUGUUUACCAAAAGGUCGAGAUCCUGGAAACUGGAACGCCCGAUCCUAAAAAGAUCACCAAGUGGGUAUCUGACGGAUCUCCUACCCAUAGCAGCACACCAGUGAAGAUAGACAGUGCUCUACAGUUCGUACCGAAAAAUACCAACCCCAAGGAGUUCAAACAAAUACAACAGCAGAUUAAAGAUUACCGGCGAGCAGACAAGAUAUCAGCUGGCCCCCAGUCUCACAUAUUAGAGGGUGUUUCAUGGGAAGAAGCUAAGAAAAUGCAGGACGCGACGAUUAGCGGCACCGGCGAACAAGUAGUCUUAGUAGGAGCCGCUAGCAAAGGUAUUAUACAGCGUGGUUUCCAACACAAUGCGAUGGUAUACAAGACACCUUAUGCCAAAAAUCCCUUCGACGCCGUCACGGAUCAAGAAUUGGAUCAGUAUAAGAGAGAAGUCGAGCGCAAACAGAAGGGAGAUCCUUACGAUGAGUCACAAUCAGAAUCCGAGGCCUUGUCGUCCUUUAACAUCAGUCGCGCGACGCAUGAAUCCAGCACUGCCAAGAGUCCUAUUCAAUCACCGGUUUCUGUUACCUCGGAAACGGAGGAGGAGAGUAGAGAUGAACCCCGAGUAUUGCGAAUAGAAACGAAACAAGUGCCUGCGCCGAGUCAACCCGAAGUCGUUUUAAGCGACGUGAACGAUGCUACCACAGAGUUCCUCAACGAGAUGCGCAGCAGAGAGAUCACAGAGCGACAGAGCGAUUACAAAGGAGAUUGCGAACUAUCCAGCAGUUAUAGCAGCACGAGCAGCGAACGUGUGCGAAUGUACCGUAACGACCGACGGUUCUCCGAGUCUCUUUACAGUCCCCCUCGCUUGGAGAAAGCACGAAUCACUACGACCGCUGAACGGAAGAAACCCGUUCUGAUUACACGCUCGAGGAUGCUCGCCGACGACCGGAGCGCCGAAUCGUUCGGCGAGAUCUUCAAUUCGCGUUACGAGGCAAGACGGAGAUUUUUCCAAGACUUGGAACAACAGCCGGGAAGAAGAGCGAACAGCGAUGGGGGCGAACAAAAUUCCACGGCGCGCGAAAUUGCGAAAGUGGACCGUCGGACCACAAAUGCCGUGCUAGACGUCACGAAUCCCGCUGAGGUGGAGGGAAAGAGUGCUGCAUCCUGCCGAAAUGGUCAGAUCGACGAAUCGUUCCCCAAGGAAGUUGUUUCCGCAGGCUGCAACGUUCCUACAGAUUCGACACUCGACGCGAAUAAAGAAGGUGCGACAACGUGCGAAGAAGCAACGCUUAAAUGCGAAGAGAUUUCGUUGAGCGGUCCGCCUACCGAGAAGCGUGCGACGGAAGACAAAGGGACGUCGCAAGAUAUCCGAUCGUGGAUCGAGAGUCACUCAGCCGGCGAGCUCGCGGCGAGGACCGGCACACCCGAGUCGUACUACGAGGACCUCACGAGGAUGGUCGAGAGCAUGGACGCGAACAAGACGUCGUCGAGGACCGAGUUGGACGCGCUGCCCAACACCGACACCUGCCUCAAGUACAACCUGGACUCGACGAAUAUGAGUCUGAUUUACAGCCUGACCCCGUCGAUGGCGGUCGACGACGACGACACGUCGCAGGACCUGGCGGCGGAGCGCUCCUCGGACGGCAGCGACUACAUAUGGAUGGAAUCGACCACCGGUGGAUCGGCGGAAGCCGUGAAGUCGUCGCUCGUCGAUUGUCCGUACGAGACGUCCGGCAGCAGCGACUGCGAGCAGCCGCUCUCGGCGAGCUCCGGCUCGGACAUACUCGAGCUGCCGAGCCGCACGGUGUUCGAGCUGAACGACAUCGACGGCGAGGUGUUCCACAGCGGCAUCAACGAGUCGACGAACGAGAUCAUCGCCGAACUGAACGCUUCUUCCCCCGACGACUCCGUGCGGGUCGCGCGCUGCAUCCUCGCCGAGGUCGUCGAGUGCGUCUGCGUCCUCUCGCGCUUCGACGCCUCCAUUUGCGAGCUCGCCGUCGUGAGGGAGCUCGUGCGCCACCUGCUCGACAACGACGCUUGUCGGAUGAAAGACUUCCCAACCGAGAAUCGAGCCGAAUCCUCCGCUGUGAUCGAAUUCUGCACCGUCGCGAGGAGACUGCCGCUCGUUGUCGCCGACGACGGGACUCUGCGGUUGAACUUCCGCGUCGUCGGAGCGGAGUGGCCCGGCAGAAGGCCGAAGGAAAACGCGCACUCGGAGUCGCCGAGUCGAUUGACGCCUAUAAACGAGGAACCGGACGACGAUUAUAGCUUCAACGACGACUCCCGCCUGGUGGUCCGCAUCGACGAUUCCGCGAGGAGGAAUAGGAUCGUGUCUCUCGACGACACGUACACGAUCUCCGAAUACAGCGACAAUGACGAUUCCUCUGUCGAUUGCGCGUUCUGCCCUCACGACAUCAAAGAGUUCGUGCGCCUCGAGAAAGCUGUCGCGGAGAACUCGCGAUUCAACGCCGCGUAGUCGUCGCCGAGAUUUUAUCCGGAUUUUUCGCGAUCGAUUAACCGAACCGCCGGGAGGAAGCUGCGAUUUUAUUAACGACCGAUUCAACGUCCCCCCUCGUUGACGAGAGUUUGGUGCGCGUCUUAAGCGGUCGACGGUGAAAAUUUUACUCUCGGUAUUGUCGUUCGUAUCGUAUGUUAUCGCGCGGAGCGCUGAACAUAGGAUUGAAAUAUUUGCUUGAUUUCUUUUUAAUUUUCUUCUCUUCACGAUUCUACGACGUCUGUUUGCGUACGUUGCACGUUUUCCGUGCGACUAACUUUACGCAGGACUCGAGUAUUUGAAUUCGAAGAGAAAAUUUUCGAAUCAGCAGCAUGCGGAAGAAUACCAUUUGUUUCCUUAUUUUUCAGUUUUUUCCUUUUCUUUCAUUCAGGCUCCUGGAUAUCCCGUGUUCUUCUUUAAUGAUGUCGGAAGCGAGAAGAAAAAUUUAUGCGACGGUAUAUGUGGAAGUAAAAGCACACUUGUAAAAAUGGCCGUUCCUCUGGCCUGAACAAUUAAUAAAUAAUCGUAAAAUUAAGGCAACAGAAAUCAUAGGAAAAGAUAGGGUAAAAACGUAAGUUGCACUAAUUUGCAGUUAUUUAUCAAUUGUUCGGGUUAAAGAAAAGCGUCCGGCCAUUUUUACAAGUGUGCUGAUCACGAGUGUUAUUUUGUGCGUAUAUUUUUUUCAUUUCCACGUAUACCGUCGUAUAAUUUUUCUGGCGUCAUUAAAGAAGGACAGCAAGUAUCCAGGAGCCUUAAGAUUCCUGACUAGUCGCUAUGGCUGUUUAAUGACGUCAGGUGAGCGAGGAAAGAUUUCCUGCGUUAUACUCUCAAAUAAGAAGAUAUAUUUACAAAACGACACUUGUGAUCGGCAUACUUGUAAAAUUGUCCAAACAUUUUCCCUUUAUUCGAACAAUCAAUAAAUUAACAUUGGCAAAAAAAUCGCGAAAGAAAAGUUUAGAAAGGAAGUGUCAAGUUAAUUUUGCCAUUAUUUAUUGAUUAUUCUCAUAAAAGGAUAGCGUUCAAUUUUACAAGUGUGUCAAUCACAGACGUGUCAUUUUGUAGGCAUAUCUUUUUAUUUGAAUGUAUAUAAUAACGCAGAAAAUCUUGUUUCCUCGCUUCUAACGUCAUUAAGCAAGUACAGUCACACUAUCUGCUCCAAGAGACUUAAAGUUUUGUCACUCGGAAACUAAAGAUUUUUCACGAUGAAAGUUUUCAUUUAUUUUGUUUUAUUUAUUUUACGGAUGUUUUUUUUGUUUUCGGCCGACGAGAGUGCGUUCGAUGAAUAAUAUUGCGUUAUAUACAUCGGUCUGCGAAUAAAACGAUGUGUGAAUGAACUUGAGCCCGCGUUUAUAUAGUUUAUGUAUUUUCUCAAGUGUGGUGUAUCUGUCGCACGCAGUUUUGACGCACGUUCGAUGACAUAAAAGUUUGCACAUUCAAGCUUCUCAUUCUUCUACACCCAACCUCUAUUCGGAUUAAUCCUCAUCGUUAUCCCGCUACUAUCCGACGCAUCCUUCCUGCAAGCUGAGAAUGGUUGUUGGGACGCUAAAGAUGUUUGCUUGGGAAUAUUGAUUUUCCGUAACAAGUCCGAGAAUAAAUACCUCCUGUCAAUCCGACGAUCAUCAUUUUCUCAAAGGUAAGCUUUCUUUCUUGAUCUCUCUCUUCACGUCGGCAAUAACGUCACCGUUGCUUAAGCUCUCAGGCGGUAAUAAUCACUUGGCUUACAGAUCACGGGAAUCGUACGCUUUCUCUUAUUUAAUCGUAAUCGACGCGCGUAAUCACCGACAGCGCAUUCUU